AUGCAACAUCAUUACUUUGCCACCUUCAGGUCUGGCAUUGGAACUAAAGAAUUUUACAUUGUGUGUGGUGUUUUGAUCCAGAUUGGUGCUGCCAACCCCCGGCUUCAGAAAGUUUUGGAUUCUUUGGAUUCCAUUAAGACAAAGGGAAAGCAAAACACCUUUUCAAACUUUGAUCCAAGGACUCUUCUUCCUCGUUCUCUGGAUUUCUGGACCUAUGAAGGAUCUUUGACCACUCCACCCCUCUUGGAGAGUGUCACCUGGAUCGUUCUCAGGGAGCCAAUAAGUGUGAGCCCUGCACAGAUGGCCAAGUUCCGCAACCUCCUCUUCACUGGAGAAGGAGAACCUGCAUGUUGCAUGGCGGACAAUUUCCGUCCUCCGCAGCCCCUUAAAGGUCGUCAUGUCCUCGCCUCCUUCAGAUAAACGCUGGUGUUUUGUUGUAUAUGCAACAUUUUCUUCCCAGGAUGUUUGUCUCCCAGUUAUCAUGUAGAACAGCUUCAAGCAAUGAGACCAAAUUCUUAUUUUCUUCCACACUUUGUCAUUUAAAUCAUAUCAAGCUAUCUAAUUCACACAAUAGCUUA